AUGCCGAGAAAAAGUAAGAAAGUCACGCGCCGCGGGGCCGCGAAGAAUGACCGCUUGAACGGCCUCGAUCUGGACCGCGUUCUGGCGAAGGGAGACGCGCUGUAUACUCUGGUCAAGCGCGCGCUGCUGAAUGAAGGGAGGUUGAUUUGUGACCUGCUGACCUUUGACGAGCUGCCCGGUACAGUAGAGACAGACUCGCGGUGUUACAGCAUUAUUAAACGCCCCCAGAGGUUCGGGUUUUUAAAGGACGAGGCGCCGCAGGGAAUGGCCGAGUAUGAGACCCUGGACAGAUCGCUCCGCUGUCUGACCGGCGACGCCGCUACCGCGCUGCUGAUGACCGGAGCCACAUGCAUCGCGGUGUUCAGAGACCGGGCGGGCAGAGAUAUUUUGAUAAACAAUGUGGAGCCAGAUGAAUUAUUUGAUGACCCAGUAAAUGAGGAGGAGGAUGAUGAUGAUGCUCCAGUGGACACUGAAAACACUGGCAGAGAGGAAACACCACAACAGAAUCCUGAGAGUGAACAGCAUGAUGAAGGUGAAAGCACAGAACAGCAGGCAGGACUCUCCUUAGACACAUGUCUUCAACCACCAGACCUCGACGACAGUGCUGUACGGAUGAGUCUGCCUAUGAAGUGCUUACAGGACAAAGACCCUGAUGAUGAGAAUGUGUGGAUGACUGGAUUAGCAGAAAAGUACAUGGCCAGGCCGAACACACCAGAGUUUGAGAACAUGUGCAUGGCUGAAUUUGCUAUCCCUAAAGGGGACAACACGGGAGAGGACGUGUACGACAGCGUGUCGGCUGUCAUGGAGAGGCACAAGCUAUCUUGGAGAGCGCUCGCCAAUGUUACCACAGAUGGAUCGCCAAAUCUGACUGGAAGAAACGUCGGGCUGCUCAAAAGAAUCCAGGACAGGGUGAAAGAGGACAACCCGGAGCAAGAGGUGAUUUUCCUACACUGCAUAAUCCACCAGGAAGCACUGUGUAAAUCCGUAUUGCAGCUUAACCACGUAGUGAAGCCAGUUGUAAAAGUCGUUAACUAUAUUCGAGCGAGGGGCCUUCAGCAUCGUCAAUUUAUUAAGUUUCUUGAAGAAACUGAUGCUGAUCACCAGGACUUGCUUUACCACUCCAAUGUCCGCUGGUUAAGUUUGGGGAAAGUGCGUCAACGAGUGUGGGAGCUCAAACAGGAGAUUAUCUCAUUUUUGGAGCUAAUUGAGAAAGGUGACGAUUUUCCUGAGCUGAGUGACACAGAUUGGCUUGGUGAUUUAGCUUUUGCUGUGGACAUACUGACGCACAUGAAUGAGCUGAACAUGAAGCUACAAGGAAAAGACCAGUUCGUGCAUGAAAUGUGCACAAACGCGAGAGCCUUCAAAACCAAGCUAGCUCUUUUCUCAAAGCAAAUGUCAAACAAGUCAUUCACUCAUUUCCCCACGCUGGCUACGCUGAAAGAGGCCCCUCAACAUGUGAAAGAAUACACAAAAUCAUUGGACGACCUGCAUGGAGAAUUCUGCCGUCGGUUCUCUGAUUUUGGAAAAAUUGACAAGUCACUUCACCUGGUGUCUUGUCCGUUCACACAGGACCCUGAAAUGGCACCACGGGAGUUGCAGUUGGAACUGAUUGAUCUUCAGUGUGACACUGUCUUAAAGGAGAAGUUCAACUCUCUUAAACUGGAUGAGUUUUAUGCUUCAUUAAGCACAGACAAAUUUCCAAACAUCCGGAAGAUGGAACAGAGGAUUUUGACAUGUAUGCACCUGGAGCUGGCCCGGCCCGUCUGUCAAAUUUUAGAAGUCAACGUGGCCCCUGAGCCAAAAGGCGACUCCCAGACGUUUGACCCUAAUUUUAAAGGGCCCAUUCACAACAGGAGCUGCACUGAUGUUCUUUGCUGUCUGCUCUUCACUCUGGGCUUGCUGGGUUACCUAACAGUCGGAUGUCUUGCCUGGUUUCAGGGUGACCUACGGAGGGUGAUUCAUCUCACAGACAGCAGGGGGCAGUUCUGUGGUCAGAAGGGAACCCCACUGGAGAAGAAGCCCUUGCUGUUUUAUAUAAAUAGUCUGAAGUGUUUGAGUUUGACGGUGCUGCUGGAGUUCCAGUGUCCUACCACACAGAUCUGUGUGGAGAAAUGUCCAGAGCGGUCCCUGACGCUGGCGAAUGCUAAACGGAACACAGAGGACAAGCAGUACUACUCACAGUUCUGUAAGGAGGGAGUGAAUAUUGCACUGCCGGAUGUUGAACUCCUGAAAGACGAAAUGUGUCCAGAUAUGAUCUUUCGCAGCCAGCCUCUUAUGUACAGGUGUUUCCCAGUCCUGAAUGAAGUUGGUGAUAACACUACCAUCAACACCCUCUUAAAUGCUGCAAGCAAGGAGUCUAACCCUGUUAGAAAAGCUCAGGAGGUGGCCAUGAAGAUCUUUCAGGAUUACACACAGUCCUGGCAGUGGAUCCUGCUUGGAUUAGUAAUUUCCAUGGUGCUCAGCAUGAUCUUCAUUGUUCUUCUGCGUUUUGUGGCUGGGGUUAUAAUCUGGACGAUAAUCAUCUCGGUCAUCCUCGUUAUUGGUUACGGUACCCUCCACUGUUAUAUGCAGUACGCUGCUCUGAAAGGCCAAGCUGGAUCAGAUGUUACCAUAAAGGAUCUGGGUCUGCGGACAGAUUUCUCCAUCUACCUGCAGAUCGAACAGACCUGGCUGGCCUUCACAAUUAUCCUGGGUAUCGUGGAGCUGGUGAUCCUUCUCAUCCUCAUCUUCCUCAGAAAGAGAAUCGUCAUCGCAAUCGCUCUCAUUAAAGAGGCCAGCAGGGCUCUGACUCAUAUGAUGUCAUCGUUAUUCUACCCUCUGCUGACCUUUGCCCUCUUGUCUCUGUUGAUCGCAUACUGGGCCAUAACCUCUUUCUUCCUGUCCAAUCAGCCGAUCUAUAAAGUUAAAGACACCACAGAGUGUAAAUACUCCAACCAGAACUGCGACCCUCAGACAUUCAUCAGCUCUGAAGCGUUCAAGCACUGCCCAGGUGCGAAAUGUCUGUUUGCGUUCUUUGGUGGAGAGACGUUCCUCCAUAAGCACCAGAUCGUGUUUCAGGUCUAUAACUUGUUCAUGUUCUUCUGGUGUAUGAACUUCGUGAUUGCGCUGGGUCAGGUGACCCUGGCUGGGGCCUUUGCCUCCUACUACUGGGCCUUCAAGAAACCGGCUGACAUCCCGACGUUCCCUGUCUUCUCCUCACUCGGACGGGCCCUCAGGUAUCAUACUGGCUCAAUGGCCUUCGGUUCUCUGAUCCUCUCCAUCAUUCAGGUGAUCAGGGUGAUGCUGGAGUAUCUUGAGAAGAAACUGAAAUUUGCUGAAAACAGAGUUGCUAGGUUCAUCAUAAGGUGUCUGAAGUGCUGCUUCUGGUGUUUGGAGAAAUGCAUCAAGUUCCUCAACAGAAACGCCUACAUCAUGAUCGCCAUUUAUGGUAAAAACUUCUGCACGUCUGCUAAGAACGCCUUCUUCCUCCUGAUGAGGAACAUUGUCCGAGUGUUCGUGUUGGACAAAGUGACAGACUUUCUGUUGUUUCUGGGAAAGCUGCUCAUAGUGGGGAUUGUGGGAGUCUGCUGUUUCUUCUUCUUCUCGGGGAAGAUAAAGUUUGCGAAGGAAGUGGCUUCAUCACUGAACUACUACUGGGUUCCCAUUGUGACGGUGGUGUUUGGCGCCUACGUCAUCGCCAGUGGCUUCUUCAGCGUCUACGCCAUGUGUGUGGACACUCUGCUCCUGUGCUUCUCCCAAACUCACCGGGCCGACGGACGUGGUGAGGAAUGACGGCCUACUCAAACGGCCACCAGCAAAGUGGAGGAGGUGACAGCCAACUGUUACCAACCAAUUAUACGUGCACAGUUGGAACAUAAACACAUAAUCAC